AUGACAGAUACUAAGAACACCUCACCCUCUCCGUCCUCCUCCGGCCCAGUUACCCGCUUAGCAGCAGCAGCGGCCCGCUCCUCAGCGAGUAGUUCUCCCAUAACUGCACGAACUCGCGAGUCAGGAGCUGUGGCUGCUUCGACUCCGGCUCCACCUCGACCCGACAGGGACCAUUUCAGCCCUCCCUCGUCAUCCUUUUCUGCACCAGACGAGGAGCUUGAGACACGAAGGAGGUGUGGUUCGUCUCCGUUUGCUUCGAGGAAAGGGGGGAUGAUUGUGCCGGGGGUUGGAAACCGCGAGCCGGCAACCGAUUACGCUGCUACAAGCGCAGGCUCGUCUGCCAUUGACACCACAAUGGCCUCAAGCGCAAGCACAACUUAUCAGUCAGCAGCGGGGCCGGGGGAAGCAAUAAGUCAAAACCCCUUUCCCCAACCCCCCGGUCCCCUAACCCGCAAACGGGCCCAUGCCGCAUCGACUAUCAACACCGAGGAAGCGAAUCGCCAAGCAAAGGUUCAUCAUCAGCUGAGUCUGAACACACCCACAGGUGGUAUGACUGCUACAGCUACGCCCAGCGCGGGGGGCACAACAACGGCGGAGGGGAAUGAUGGUGGGAGUAAGAAUAGUCCCAGGCCUCUUGGGACGGCCACGGGGAUGGGGCCGUUUGGUGAGGGGAUUUGUCUUUGUACACCGGCGCCUAAGGUUCCUAGGCCUAGGAAUGCAUUCAUCCUCUACCGACAACACCACCAAGCUGCAAUAGUCCAAGCCAACCCCGGCUUAGCUAAUCCAGAAAUCUCGAAAAUCAUCGGCGAGCAAUGGCGCGAAGAGCCCGAAGAAUGCAAGCAGCAAUGGAAGGCCCUGGCGGAGGAAGAGAAGCAGCGGCACCAGCGCCAGUACCCCGAGUAUCGAUAUCAGCCGAGGAGGAAUAACCGGUCUGGCACUGCGCAGGGGACCAAGGGGGUUGGUGUGGAUAGUAAAGGCGAGGGGGAGAGGUGUCCGCGUUGUGGAGGGAGGAGUAUCGGAGGUGGGGGGACGCCGAGAACGCCGAAUACGCCUUUUCCUAGUGCGGGGAGUGUUAAGGGAUUGGGGGUGAGGAAAGAUAGGGAGGAUGAGGGGGAGGAUGGGGAGGGGAAUAAUAAGAAAAGGAGGGUGCUGAGUACGAGUACCAGUGGGAGUACUGAGUCCGGGUCAAGUUAUGGACAGCAACAACAACAACAACAACAACAACAACAACAACAACAACAACAACAGCAGCAGCAGCAGCAGCAGCAGCAGCAGCAGUAUGCGGGAGCGAUAUUCUCGCAUUCAAUGGCUACCCCAGGUUCUGGGGGGUUUUGCGGCCCUCUUCACCACUCUUCUCACUCAUCUACUGUCUACAGUCAGCAGCACAGUUCGGCAUACCCUUACCCAUCAGCCUCUUCAAAACCCUACUACCCCUCUCCCUCCCCCUUCCAACACCACCAAACGCCGAAUCUACUCCCCGGUCCAUAUUCACUCCUCCCCAGCACCACCCAUGCCAGUCUCGUCCGCCUCGGCCUCAACAGCCCCCGUCUGACAGCGGGGUAUGGCAGCAGCUCCUUCGAGAAAAGGAUGCCCCCUCCCCCGCCGCCGCCGCCGCCAACUCCUUCUCCGUCAUCCACGGUGGCAACUCCUUUCUCCAGAGAGCAUCAUUACCAUUGUCAGCAGCAGCAGAGAGGGUAUGGUUACCAGCUGUAUCACACCCACACCCAGAGGGAGAGGGAGAACGAGGGGUACUCCUAUCCGGGGGGCUAUCAGUCGCAGCAGGGGAUUUAUCACGGGGCGUAUGACGCACUGGGGUCGACUGGUACGCCGCUUCCUACCAAAACUCACACGACAACUUCUUCGUCAGCCGUUCAUGGGCAUGGACAUGAACAUGACCGAGGGUACGCCCUGCCCCCUCCUCCGCCAACACCCAUCCCUCUCACUCCAGCAACAAGCAGCACCCCCAGGCGAGGUGAGCCUUACUACCAGCAUCACAGGGGCAGUCUUUCCACGGCCGCUGCCUCCAUCAGGGACCGGGAUUAUGACGGUCCCAGAGAGAGGGACAGGGAGAGAGAGUACGAAGACCUGCGCCUACCCCCCCUUCAGACAAGGGGGUUGCCCCGUCCUGAAUUUCGGUCUGACUCACUAUCGUCGGGAUCGUCAUCCUCUAUCGGGGUGGUUCAGACUUCGGCGAUGACGGCGAUGGCGGGGCAUAGCCCUGCUAUUGCGACGGCUUCAGCUUCAGGUCAAAGUUCAGAACUGACUUUGCCCAUUUUCAUGAGCGGCAGCGGCAGCAGACCAAGGUCGAACUCCAGCUCAAGGGACACCUCUCGUUGUGCCAGCCCGGCCAGUGCUGUGUCGAGUGAGCAUCGCGGUUCUGCCGCGAGUGUUGGGCUGGGGAUCACGAACAACCCUACUCCUGAUCCUAGUCACUUUAGCUUCAACACGAUUUCAUCAACAUCAGCAGGGCAAUUUGGUCCUCUUACGACAGCUAAAUCAACAAUCCCUCACGCUCCACGCCUCGGAUUCGAGGAUAUCCCUCCCGCAAGCAGGAUCCAUGAUCACGAUCGCCACUCCACCAAGACCUCAAUAAUGUCCAUACACUACCUUUCCAAACUCCGCGUUCUCUCCAAAAUCGCCCCUCCUCUUUCCAACAACAACAACAACAACAACAACAACAACACCUCAUGCGUCUCAGCGGCAGGCGACAAAACCCCUACCCCGACCCGCGGCCCCAUCAUUUCCAUCGACGGCCCGGAUGGGAACACGCGCAGGGCGGUCGCAAAUCUAGUUGAGCAGGCGCUGAAGAGGGAGGCGGAGAGAGAAGGGUGGGCGGUGAAGUGCUGGAGGGGGAGUGAGAAGGUUGAGGAGACGUUGGAGGGGUAUUUGAGGGUUGUUGGGGAGUGGCAUGCGUGGGGGAGGGAGGUGGAAAUGUGGGUUACUAAUGGGGCUUUGAUGGUACAGAGCGAGGGGCUCGAGAAGAAGGAGAAGAGGAGGAGUGUCUCGAGCGAGGGGUCUGGUGCGACGACUGAGUCUGGUUCUGGGUCUAAGGAGGGCGAGCAGGACGUCGAGAUGGUGGAUGCAAACACCAGCAAACCUUCCUACAGCCCUACUCCCCCCAACCUCAUCUCCGACAGCCCCAACCUCCACAUAGCCCUCCUCUCCACAGGUUACUCCCUAACCCUCUCGGACUUGCACUCCCUCUCUAUCCCGAUCCUCGACACCUACGCGCCAAUCGAUCACUGGCAGUGGAUGGCGACCCUCUGGCGCGGCAUCGUGGGACCCGAUCUGGUAGUGUAUGUGCAGGCUGUGGCAGACACAAAACAAGAGGGGGUAGAGAUUGAGAGUAGCGGGGUGAUUUGUGUGAAGGCUUCACAGAGAGGGGUGGGGGAGAGGUUGGGCAGGAGAGUCGGGUUUGAGGUGGUGGAGUGGGUUAAGGGGGUCGGGUGGGAGGGGAGGUUUUAG